CCUCCGUUGCCUCCCCCACCGCCCCUCUUAGCUCCCACCGCUUCGCCACCGCCUCUUCCGAUUGAAUCUCCUCCGUUAGCAUCUCCACCGUCUCCUCCAUUAGUAUCCCCACCGACUCUUCCAUUAGUAUCUCCACCGUCGCCUCCGUUAGAAUCUCCAUCUCCACCGUCUCCUCAGGCCUCAGCUCCUUCCGGUUCACCGCCAUUGCCUUUCCUUCCCGCCAAACCGUCUCCGCCGCCUUCUCCGCUUCCCUUUGAGACAUCACCGCCGGGAAACCCCAUUUUCCCGCCGCCUCCUUCACUUCCCUCCGAUUCAAUCCCGCCGGCGAGUACGGCUUCUCCUCCACCGCCGUCUACUCCUCGCCGCCGUGCCCCUAAGCCUUCGCUUCCUCCUCCCACCAAUUCUUCCCCACCAAAACCUUCUCCGAGCACUCCGACUCUCCCGGAAACUUCUGCUCCACCUAAACCACCGCUCUCGACGACGCCAUUCCCCUCU